AUGCCCCCUCUCAACACCCUCACCACUGCCCUCUAUACUCUCUACAGUGUGGACAGUCUUAACCCGCACCAGGCCCCUCUCACAACACCCUCACAACUGCCCUCUAUACUCUCCACAGUGGUCAGUCUUAACCCGCACCAUGCCCCCUCACAACCCCCUCACCACUGCCUCUAUACUCUCUACAGUGUGGUCAGUCUUAACCCGCACCAGGCCCCCCUCACAACCCCCUCACCACUGCCCUCUAUACUCUCUACAGUGGUCAGUCUUAACCCGCACCAGGCCCCCUCUCACAACCCCCUCACCACUGCCCUCUAUACUCUCUACAGUGUGGUCAAUCUUAACCCGCACCAGGCCCCCUCACAACCCCCUCACCACUGCUGUCUAUACUUCUACAGUGGUCAGUCUUUAACCCGCACCAGGCCCCUCACAACCCCCUCACCACUGCCCUCUAUACUCUCUACAGUGUGGUCACUGCCCACUAUAUUCUCUACAGUGGUCAGUCUUAACCCGCACCAGGCCCCCGUCACAGCCCCCUCACCACUGCCCUCUAUACUCUCUACAGUGGUCAGUCUUAACCCGCACCAGGCCCCUCUCACAACACCCUCACCACUGCCCUCUAUACUCUCUACAGUGGUCAGUCUUAACCCGCAUCAGGCCCCCUCACAACCUCCUCUCACCACUGCCCUCUAUACUCUCAACAGUGUGGUCAGUCUUAACCCGCACCAGGCCCCUCUCACAACACCCUCACCACUGCCCUCUAUACUCUCUACAGUGGUCAGUCUUAACCCGCAUCAGGCCCCUCUCACAACCUUCUCACCACUGCCCUCUAUACUCUCAACAGUGGUCAGUCUUAACCCGCACCAGGCCCCCGUCACAGUACUCUCACCACUGCCUUCUAUACUCUCAACAGUGGUCAGUCUUAACCCGUACCAGCCCCCAGCCCCUCACAACCCCCUCACCACUGCCCUCUAUAAUCUCUACAGUGGUCAGUCUUAA